AUGCCGAAGAUCUUGAAAGGAACGCGCCAGACUCCGAGGCAGACACCAUAUUGCAAACAAGCCGCAAUCCAGGCAAGAAAGACACCUCAGAUCUUCCCACAGCGGUCGCGCUUCCUGGAACUUCCUCUCGAGGUCAGACUGUCACUCUACAGCUACUUCAUCGACAUACCUCUCACCAUAGGUUGUGGAUAUGACUACACCAAUAAAGAAAUGGUACUGGCACGGAAGACCUUGCUGCUUGUUUGUCGACAAAUGCAUGAAGAAUGGGCACCAUUAUUCUUCCGCUCAACGACCGUUGUGGUGAAUACUCUGAAGGAGGAAUUCAGAGCAAACCAUGGCCCAGGAGUCGAGAAAUCAUGGCUCAUAGCAGGGAGCAGCUGCAUCGCUCCAACCGACUUCCACAACGCAAGUGGAUUCGGCAACGUUUUCUUGAAAUGUCUCGACCCGUACAAGCUACGAAACCUCCGAAGCUUGAAAUUUGACGCGACGGUUUGGACACGCGCACACAGUUACCGGCCACAAUCAAGACAUCCGUAUGUCGACUUUCAAGGACUGCGAGAUCUGGGCCGGGUCCUACAGCAGCACAAGGACAUCUUCGUGUCCUUGGAAGAAGUCACAUUGCGUGAGAAGCGAUGGUGUGAUUUCGCCAACGAGUACCCGACUUUCCCUGUCGGCUGUGAUGCAGUAACACAAGCAAGGACAGUCUGGUCCGUGGCCAGCCUCAAAGGCGGGAUGGGAUGCCGUGGCGAGGAGUCUGCAGGGAAGAAGUCGGAAUGCGUGUUUCCAGGGCUGGAACGUGGUCAAACAGGUUAA